UUUGUGUAUUGCCAGGUCUGCUGUGAGCCUUUCCACAAGUUCUGCUUGGAGGAGAGCGAGCGGCCCCUGGAAGAGCAGCUGGAGAACUGGUGCUGCCGUCGCUGCAAGUUCUGCCACGUGUGUGGGAGACAGCACCAGGCCACCAAGUGCCUGGGCCCCAACUACCCGACGAAACCCACCAAGAAGAAGAAAGUUUGGAUAUGUACCAAAUGUGUCCGCUGCAAGAGCUGCGGCUCCACCACGCCGGGCAAGGGCUGGGACGCGCAGUGGUCUCACGACUUCUCGCUGUGCCACGACUGUGCCAAACUCUUCGCUAAAGGAAACUUUUGUCCUCUCUGCGACAAGUGCUACGAUGACGACGACUACGAGAGUAAGAUGAUGCAGUGCGGGAAAUGCGACCGCUGGGUCCACUCCAAGUGCGAAAACCUUUCCGAUGAAAUGUAUGAGAUCCUCUCCAACUUGCCCGAGAGCGUGGCGUACACCUGCAUUAACUGCACGGAGCAGCACCCCGCCGAGUGGCGCCUGGCGCUGGAGAAGGAGCUGCAGGUCUCCUUACGGCAGGUUUUAACAGCCCUGCUGAAUUCCAGGACCACUAGCCACCUCCUGCGGUACCGACAGGCAGCAAAACCACCGGAUUUAAAUCCCGAGACAGAAGAGAGUAUCCCAUCCAGAAGCUCUCCUGAAGGCCCCGAUCCGCCGGUUCUCACGGAAGUCAGCAAACAGGAGGAGCAGCAGCCCCUGGAUCUGGAAGGGGUGAAAAGGAAAAUGGAUCAAGGGGGUUACACCUCUGUGCUGGACUUCAGCGAUGAUAUUGUGAAGAUCAUCCAGGCAGCCAUCAAUUCCGACGGAGGGCAGCCGGAAGUCAAGAAAGCCAAUAGCAUGGUCAAGUCCUUCUUUAUUCGGCAAAUGGAGCGCGUUUUUCCAUGGUUCAGUGUAAAAAAGUCCAGGUUUUGGGAGCCAAAUAAAGUAACGAGCAACAGCGGUAUGUUGCCGAACGCGGUGCUGCCCCCCUCGCUUGACCAUAACUACGCUCAGUGGCAGGAGCGGGAAGAGAACAACCGCACUGAACAGCCUCCUCUCAUGAAGAAAAUCAUUCCAGCCCCGAAACCCAAAGGGCCCGGAGAGCCGGAUUCCCCCACUCCUCUGCAUCCUCCGACACCACCUAUCCCAGGUAAGGACACGGAUUGUGGUAUGGCUGGCCCCAGGCCCGGAGCGCUUCCCUUUCCCCCAGAGGAAGGGCGGUGUGAAGGCUGGUGCGCCUUGUGCCUCGCCAUGGCUGACGGAACGUCUCCCGCCCCGUAGGACGCCGGGCGCCUUCUCUACAUCGGGCAGAACGAGUGGACGCACGUGAACUGCGCGCUGUGGUCAGCGGAGGUGUUUGAGGAUGACGAUGGGUCUCUGAAGAACGUGCACAUGGCUGUGAUCAGGGGGAAGCAGCUGCGCUGCGAGUUCUGCCAGAAGUCGGGCGCCACGGUCGGCUGCUGCCUCACUUCCUGCACCAGCAACUACCACUUCAUGUGCUCGCGAGCCAAGAAGGUUUACUGCCAGAGGCACCGCGACCUCAUCAAAGGAGAGGUGGUUCCCGAGAAUGGCUUCGAAGUCCUCAGGAGAGUGUUUGUGGACUUUGAAGGGAUCAGUUUGAGAAGAAAAUUCCUUAGUGGCCUGGAACCGGAGAACAUCCACAUGAUGAUUGGGUCGAUGACCAUAGACUGCCUGGGAAUUCUGAACGACCUCUCGGACUGCGAAGACAAGUUGUUUCCCAUCGGCUAUCAGUGCUCCAGGGUGUACUGGAGCACGACGGAUGCCCGGAAGCGCUGUGUGUACACCUGCAGGAUCAUGGAGUGCCGGCCUCCGGUCAUAGAACCUGACAUCAACAGCACCGUAGAGCACGAUGACAACAGGACAAUUGCCCACAGCCCCGUUCCCCUCACAGAAACACUCCCUAAAGACAGCCGGAGUACACCCGAAAUUGUCAACCCACCGUCCCCUGAUCGUCCCUUGCACUCCCAGACCUCGAGUUCCUGUUACUACCCAGCAGUCCCGAAGGGUCCCAGGAUCCGGACGCCAAGUUACCCGUCGGCACAGAGGUCGCCCGGCUCUCGGCCGUUGCCCUCUGCAGGAAGCCCAACCCCAGUGACCCAUGAAAUAGUGACAGUGGGAGACCCUUUACUGUCCUCUGGGCUGAAGAGCAUCGGCUCCAGGAGACACAGCACCUCCUCUUUGUCACAGCAGCAGUCAAAGCUCCGGAUGAUCUCCCCUCCGCGAGCCGGGAGCGCUUACUCCAGGCACAGCGCGUGCGCCCUUCCCGGCACGGGCCCCUCUGCAGAACACGAACCCAGCGUCAGGAGCGGCGAUAAAACUUACCAGCGGGAUGCGUCUCCGCCGCCGGAAGGCAGGCAUUCUGGCAGUUUGGAUGCGGUAGCCAAAGGCGCCCCUCCUAAGGGAGAGAAGGUGAAAGCGCCAACCUCAAAGGACUCCGAUUAUUCCGCUCACGGCUUUGCUCCUGGGGGAAACUCCAAAACAUCCUCCCAGCCAGCUUGCCCAUCGGGCACCGAAACCAGUGUCAAAGCGGGAACCUUUCAGGAAUGUUCGGGAUCGUUUUCUUCCAAAGAAGCGGUACCAUUCCCCCCUUUGCUCCAGAGAGGCCUGAGGAAGGAGAGAGACCAGCACGGGGAACACGGACUGCUGGAGAAAGCCGUUGCGGCGGGUGAGGGGGGUGCGAAGAGCCUGAAGUCUGCCGGAGCGAACAGCAGAUCCCCGGCAGCCGGCGAGCAGGGAGCUGCUGCCCCCCGGGACCGGCGGCAGAAGGGGAAGAAGCUGGUGAAGGACAGCUUUAAAGAGAAGCAUUCCCUGAAAUCUCUUACGGACUCAGGUCAGGGAGCGGGAGGCGACGAAGGGAACCCGAAUCCGGAAUUCGGCAGUCAGGGUUUGGCAACUGAACAGGGUAUCCAGAGGCUGUGUAACAGCGCUGAACUGGCCGCGCUGGCAGAGCCCUCCGCAGCUACCAAGAGCCCGGAAGCCAGCCCUGCAGUUCAGGGAAGCCCAAACGAAGCGCCGGCGCAGGACCCGCAGAACAACGCCUACGAAAACUUGCCGGGUCAAGACGCCACCUUGAUGCUCCAGGAUGGAGCGAAAGCUCAGGAAGAAGGCUCCUACAAGCGGAGGUAUCCACGGAGAAGCGCUCGGGCCAGAUCCAACAUGUUCUUUGGGUUGACCCCCCUGUACGGCGUGAGGUCUUACGGAGAGGAGGACCUUCCCUUCUACAGUAACUCCACGGGGAAGAAGCGAGGGAAGCGCUCUGCAGAAGGACAAGUGGACGGCGCGGAUGACUUGAGCACGUCGGAUGAAGACGACUUGUACUACUACAACUUCACGCGGACGGUGGUUUCCUCCGGCGCGGAGGAGAGGCUCGCCUCCCAUAGCUUGUUCAGGGAGGAGGAGCAGUGCGAUCUCCCGAAGAUCUCCCAGCUGGACGGCGUGGAUGAUGGAACCGAGAGCGACACGAGCGUCACAGCAUCGACGAGGAAAGUCAGCCAGGUGACCAAGAGGAGCGGUAAAGAGAACGGCACGGAGAACCUGAAGCUGGACAGAACCGAAGAGGCCGGCGAGAAGGUCCAAGUGAGCAAGAGCUCGGGCGUCCACAAAAGCGACCCGAAGCUGGAGAACUGCCACCCGGCCAGCAGGGCCAAAGGCCAAGCUCCGGACUCGUUGGAAGCGCAGCUGAGCUCGCUGGAGACGGGCCGCAGGGCGCACGCCAGCACCCCUUCCGACAAGAACCUGCUGGACACCUUUAACACGGAGCUUCUGAAGUCUGACUCCGACAACAACAACAGCGACGACUGCGGGAACAUCCUCCCUUCCGACAUCAUGGACUUCGUCCUGAAGAACACGCCGUCGAUGCAGGCGCUGGGAGAGAGCCCGGAGUCGUCCUCUUCGGAGCUUCUGACGCUGGGGGAAGGUUUGGGUCUCGACAGCAACCGCGGCAAGGAUAUGGGCUUGUUCGAGGUGUUCUCCCAGCAGCUGCCGACGGCCGAGCCGGUGGACAGCAGCGUCUCCUCCUCCAUCUCGGCAGAGGAACAGUUCGAGUUGCCGCUGGAGCUGCCGUCCGACCUCUCCGUUCUGACCACUCGCACCCUACCCAGCCAAAACCACGGCCGGCUCGCCGUCAUCUCCGAGUCGUCGCUCUCCUCCUCAGGAGAGAGGUCCAUCCUGGCCUUGCCGUCCACGGAGCCUGCGGAGAAGAGGGUGACGGUCACCGAAAAAUCCGCCUCGGGGGACGGCGACGCGGCCCUGCUGAGUCCGGGCGUGGACCCGAGCCCCGAGGGACACAUGACUCCCGAUCACUUCAUCCAGGGCCACAUCGACGCGGAGCACAUCGCCAGCCCGCCCUGCGGCCCCGUCGAGCAGGCCCACGGCAGCAACCAGGAUUUGACGCGCAACAGCGGCACGCCGGGCAUCCAGGUGCCGGUGUCGCCCACCGUUCCCCUGCCGAGCCAGAAGGACCACCUCAAGCCGGCCGCAGAGAAGCUCCUGGUGGUCAACCAGAACAUGCAGCCGCUGUACGUCCUCCAGACUCUCCCCAACGGCAUGACGCAGAAGAUACAGCUGACGCCCUCCGUCAGCUCCGCGCAGAGCGUGAUGGAGACCAGCGCUUCCGUCCUGGGGCCCAUGGGGAGCGGGCUCACGCUGACCGCGGGGCUAAACCCCAGCCUGCCCUCCUCCCAGUCCUUAUUCCCGCCGGCGAGCAAGGGGCUGCUGCCCAUGUCCCACCACCAGCACAUC